AUGGAGUAUUUUGAAGAAGAGUUGAACGAGGCAGUGAGUCCCAAUGGACAAUGUUUUGACAACACUUGUCUAUCUUUGUACAUUCUUGCAUUCUUAGAAUUUCAAGUUCCAAUCCAUGACUUGCCAAUUCUCUCUUUGCUUCAAGAUGCUUUUCUUUCCAUCCCUCACUUCACCUCUAUAAUGGUUGAUGAUGAAAGAGGAGUGAAAAGAUGGAAACGAGUUGAAGUGAAGUUGGAGGAACAUAUCAUUGAACCCAAAUUCAUUGAUGGCAUGUCAGAUGAUUCAUAUGACAAUCAUUUUGGUGAAUAUAUAUCAAAGAUAUUAAUGGAGAAUUUAUCACCCACAAAGCCAUUAUGGCAAGUGCAUGUAAUCAAAUACCCUACAAGCAAUGCUUCAGGAACUUUGGUGUUCAAAUUUCAUCAUGCAAUUGGAGAUGGUUAUAGUCUCAUGGGUGUUAUUCUUUCUAGCCUCCAAAGAGCUGAUGACACUUCUCUCCCUUUGUCCUUUCCAUCACUUAAAUCAUCUUCGAAACCGAAAAAUAUUAGCAGAUUCACGAAGAGAAUGUCUCGGCUUCUCUCCACGCCUUUCAAUUUCGUGUCUGAGUUUGGAUGGAGUCUUCUAAAAAGUACAUUUUUUGAAGAUGAUGAAACUCCAAUAAGGUCAGGAGUUGAAGCGGUUGAGUUUCAGUCGAUCAAGUUAUCAAACAUCGCUUUUUCGAUGGAUCAUAUCAAAGAAAUUAAGUCUAAUCUUGGAGUGACGAUAAAUGACGCGAUUACGGGAAUAAUCUUCUACGGGAUUAGGCUUUACAUGCGAAAUAUUGACUAUAGAUCAAGAGAAUUGAAUUCAACCGCAUUGGUGAUAGCAAACACAAGGAAAGUUAAAGAUUACAAGAGAGUGCAAGAUAUGUUCAAGACUGGAAAUGGUGAUUGGGGUAACCAGAUUACAUAUUAUCAUGUAUCAGUACCGAAAUUACAAGACAUUUCGAUUUCGAGUCCACUUCAAUUUGUUAGGAAAGCGCACACUUCAAUCAAGAGGAAGAAAACUUCUUACGCUCCUCCUUUGAUUACCAAGCUUCUCCGGAUGAAGAAUAAGCUUGAAGGACCUGAGGCUUUGGCUAAAUAUAUUCAUGGAACAAUGAGAAAAUCAAGCUUGCUGAUCUCAAAUGUGGCUGGACCAAUUGAGCAAAUGGCUUGGGCAAAUCAUCCUAUAGGAGGUUUCUUCUUUACGUUGGCCGGCAUUCCUCAGAGUCUUGUCAUUACAAUCAUGAGUUAUAUGGGAAUGUUAAGAGUAACUAUUGCAACACAAGAAGGGUUCAUAGAUGAGCAAAAGUUAAUGCAGUAUCUGAAUAAUGCCUUUGAGAUAAUACAUCAUGAAUCAAUUGCUAAGGAGAAUAUUUCAAAAUGGAACAAAUUUUGUAAGGUUAUUCUGUAA